GGUUGGGCUGCUGUCAUGUCACAGGAGCUGUGCUGAGGAGAGCAGCUACAGCUCCUCAGGAGAGGAAUUAAACUUGACUACCUGCAGAGGCCCAGGAAGCGGAGAUGGACUCGGCGUGGACCACCACUGUGCUCCUGGUGCCCUGUGUGGUCCUGCUAACAGCUGGAUUUUUCUACCUCUAUGGUGUAAUCAUGGGACUGUUGUCCAACAAGUCUGUACGCAACAAGGUGGUGGUUAUAACUGAUGCUUUAUCUGGGCUUGGAAAAGAGUGUGCAGGCGUGUUUCACAAAGGAGGCGCGAGGCUGAUCCUCUGUGGGAAAAACUGGGAGAAACUCGAAGAACUGGCUGAUGAUUUGGCAAAUGCUUCGGAUCCAACAGUGACGUUUCCUCCUAAGCUGGUGCUGCUGGAUUUUGCAGAUAUGGACAGCAUGCCUGAGGCAAUCGCAGAGAUCCUGGACUGUUAUGGCUGCCUGGAUAUUAUUAUCUUUAACAGCAGCAUGAAGGUGAAAGCUCCGGCACAGACUCUGUCUCUGGAGGUGGACAAACUGCUGAUGGACAACAACUACUUUGGGCCCGUCACUCUGGCUAAAGGUGUGCUGCCCUCCAUGAUCUCCAGGAGAAGUGGUCACCUGCUGCUGGUUAACAGCAUCCAAGGGAGACUAGCUGUGCCUUUUCGCAGUACCUACGCAGCCUCUAAACACGCUGUUCAGGCCUUCUUUGACUGCCUGAGAGCGGAGGUGGAGGAGUACGGCAUCUCCGUCAGCACCAUCAGCCACAACUUCAUCAGCUGCUCUGCGUCUGGAGCCCCAGUCACCUCCAAGUCCCUGUGGUCAUUGUUGUACACUAAGAAGCCCCUCGGCGUUUCUCCUGAUGAAGCUGCCGCGGAGAUUGUGAAGACUUUAAACAAUAAGAGGAAAGAGGUGGUGAUUGCUCCCUCGCUCCCUAAGAUGGCCAUUUACGCCAGGUCCUUCUUCCCAAAUGUGUUCUUUGCUGUGAUUGGUGCAGGGGUGAAGAACGCUGCCAUCGCCGCUGAGAUGUAGCUACUGCCUCAGCACCAGGAUGAUGAGACACAUGACACGAGGUUUUUAACAAAUCAGUGGAAGUCAAAGAUAUUUUAUUGAUUAUCUGAUGUUCGUGGCUAGUUAGCUGGAAAAAAAAGGCCCAACAGUCCCAGAUUUAAUCCACAUCACAUUAUCUGUUGCUGUUGGUUUAAUUGAAUUGUGGGAAAAUCAGCUAUGUGAUUUUCAUGAAUCAUGAAGCUGCCACACAGAGUGGGGUCCAACAACAGAUGUUUGCCUCUGAGCUCCUAAGUGGGUAAAUCCAGCCUGUGUGGAUUAGUGUUUUGUCUUAUACUCAGAUUUGUGUGUAAAAUAUUGAUUUUCUUCAUUUUAAUAAACAGAGUUUCCUUAAAACUCAACAAUCAGGAGUUACAGGACUUAUAGGACUUACUCAUAUUUAUAAAUGUUAACUUCUUUAGUUUUCAUAGUAUUUCUAUCAAAAAGUGAGGUAUUAAAGAGAUUUUGCAUCUUUUGCUGAAUUUGUGGAACUAUUGCUGUAGGUUUUUUUUUUAAUUUUUUUUAAAUUUUUUUUUAAAAAGCUUGUUAACAUACUAUUGUUGGCACCGAGAUCAGAUGUAAGACUAUGGACAAAUGUUAUUUUACAGGUUUCUAAUUAUAACCUGAUCUUAGAAAGAAUUUCCUGAAAAUGACCACAUAAUUUAGUACUUAUUAUAGCGACAAUGGGAUUUUUAUUCUAUUUAAACUAUAAUCAAAGUAUUAUGAACUAAGUACUCAUUAUUCAUUCAUCAUGAAAUGUGUCAUUUACUGUAUGAGUCAUGGUUUGAAGUGUAAUAAUUACUUUCACUACUGCCACUGAAAAUAAAUACAUGUAUAUUUAUAAAUAAAUAAUACAAAUAACAAGCUUGCACAAAGCUAAAAAUUUCAAAUUAUUUCUGAAUAAGCUGACAUUUCAAGAAACUAACCUGAAAUUUGUAACUUAAGUGUGGCGUUUUUUUUUCAAGAAGAAGAAACGAGCUUCCAUACCUCACUGACUAAACCUCACAGAGAAAUGAAAAAAAAAAUAAAAAAUAAAAAAAUAAAUACUAUAUCUAUACAUUUUACUGCUCUAUAAUUUACGGCACAUUUUUUGGAAAUGUUUGUAUUUACUUGACUCGAAUUAACAGAUACAUUUACAAACAGCUUUUUAUAUGGAUGAUGUCCGGUGUUAUUGAUGCUCAGCUUUAACAGAAUGCUUGGAAAUAAGAUACAAAUAUUUUCAUAAUUGGGUUCAUGUUUAUGAUCUGCUUGGCUGCCCCACAUAAACAUCAGGAAAUAGUUAGGGAUGUUUCAAGGUCAUGAAAUUUAUGACUGUGAAGAAACACACAAGCUAUAUAUAUAUAUCCUAGCUGCUUUUGUCCGAGGUGCUCUUUGAAAUAAAAUCACUGGAUUAAAUAAAUCAAUCAUAUUGAAACACCUCUGGGCUCUUACUUGAACAGUUAUUUUGAAGCAAAAUCUAAAUUAAUUUCAACUUAAAUUUCAAUGGUGGGACAUAAAAACUGCAUGCAUGGAAUGAUUAUUCUUAAAAAUCAUUUUAUAAACUCUGU